AAAUGGGCGUGGCAUGAGAGGACUUCGACCUAUGAGAAUAUCGACAUUUAAAUUUAGAUAUGAAUACAUAAUUCUAUUUCCAAACCCAAACACGCACAUCAAGCGUUUUUGGCGAUUGACUCGCGAUAAAACGGGUCAAAGUCCCGAGAGCUGACGUCGGUGUGACAGAAAUAUAACAAGAAACAGCCGGAAUCCGCUUUCAAUCUUGAUAUGGAAGGACUUUAAUUCCUUUAGCUUUAGCCUGUUAGCCUGGACUGCAUGUGUGCGUGUUUAUAUCAACAAUAGUGCAUUCUCGUUCACAUCUCCCCGAAGAAGAGCAGCAUUUAUAUGAUCGGCGAAGGGAUGAAGUAACGCGAGCUGGGUCUUCAGGGAUGUAGUGUUUGUUUAGACAGGAACGCUCAGGCAACGUUGAGAUCCCGAUUCUGGACUGGAAGGAGUUGCUGUGAUCAGGGUCUGUAAUGGAGAAGACAGAGAAGAGGCCUGGAUACUUCGCCAGGCUGAAGAAGAAACGGCAGCCAAAGCAGAGCCAAUCAGGAAAGGCGGAUGCUGAGCAGAGCCAAUCAGAUGUCGAAUCCAAGACGCCAGUCAUCAGUGAACCUGCUCCUAUUGGACGAUCUCAGGAGAGAGAACAGCCUGAGAACAGGAGAGGACAAAAUGGCAGAUCAGAUGACAACAGUAAAUCGUGCAGCCAGACCAAGAAAGAGAAAAGUAAACCACCAGGAACCGUGGAGUACACCGUCGGCCUGAAGGACACGCUGAACAGCAUCGCUCUGAAGUUCAACAUCACUCCAAAUAAACUGGUGCAGUUAAACCGGCUCUUCUCGCACAGCCUCGUACCUGGACAGAAAUUGUUUGUUCCUGAUGUGGACCAAUCAGAGGCCGGUUCUCCGGUCGGCGGUCCCUCUGAACGUCUCGCAGCAUCAGAGUCAGCGGAGAAGGUCGGUGUAUCGAGCAGGCCCGUGCGCAGAGAAGUGUCUCCUCUCUCUGAAGACGAGAGUCCGGCCACCGUCAAAUUCAUCAAGAUGAGCUGCAAGUACUUCACCGACGGCAUGGGUGUUGUCGGAGGAGUGAUGAUUAUAACGCCCAAUAACAUCAUGUUCGACCCGCACAAGUCGGACCCGCUGGUGAUCGAGAACGGGUGUGAGGAGUACGGGCUGAUCUGCCCCAUGGAGGAGGUGCUGUCGGUCGCCCUGUAUGACGACGUGUCCCGCAUGAAGCUCAAGGACGCGCUGCCAUCUGAUGAACCGCGGGAUCUCUGUCCGUUAUACAGGCCUGGCGAGUGGGAAGAGCUUCCCUCAGAACGAGAUCUGAACCCUUUUAGUCGUUACGAGGCUCUCGGAGCGCCUCAUCGCCCAAUCGUAUUAGACGAUAUCGAAUCGGCCGUCUCUGAGAUAUUAGAAAGCCAAAUCGCUGACAAAUCCCCAUCGGAUGAAGGUUUUACUGAACUAGAGUUGCUGCAAAGUGACUUAAACACUACUUGCCCCGGCCAGGAGGGGGCGUCACUUCAGGAGCACAGAAAAACACCCACACGGAUGUCAAUGGACCAAAAAGACAAAUCCCUGAGGUCUUUUAAUGAAGAGGAAGAGGAAGAUGAAGGUCUUCACAACCGUUCCACGGAUGACAACGCGGAUCUGCAACGGUCUCUUCCUGCACUGGUGCAUGAUGGGAAGGAGGCGGCCGUGGAAGUGACCAAAACUAGCGGUGAAACUUUAGUAAACGGUGUCUUUGCAAUCAAAAACGACCAAAAAAGCAAGGUGGCCCCAGGGGAUUCUGGGAAAUGUAGUCCGCCUGGACCACACGUUGAGGACAACAAGGGACCAAACUCAGACGUAGAGCUCCUCUCCGAAGCGGAGAAACGCAGACGGGCCAGUGAGGCCGAGAUGAAGUCGUGGCUCGUGAAGACCAUGCAGAGACCAAUCGAAGACAUGCUGCUGUUCAACGAGGAAAAGAGCAAAGCUCCGCCCAUGUUCCUCUGCUUUAAGGUGGGGAAGCCAAUGAGGAAGUCGUUUGCCACGGGUCGGACCUCAAGCCCCGCCCACUCCCUGACCGGCAGGGGCCGGAAGCCGGAGUACUGGUUUGCUGUGCCGCAAGAAAGAGUGGACCACCUGUACUCGUUCUUCAUCCAGUGGUCUCCCGAUGCGUACGGGAAGGACGCUCAGGAGCAGGGCUUCGUGGUCGUGGAGAAAGACGAGCUCACCAUGAUCGACAACUUCUUCAGUGACCCGGUUCCUCGCAGCUGGGAGAUCAUCACGAUUAAUGAGGCGAAGAGACGCCAGAGCUUCAGCUUCGAGGACGAGGAGCCUGUAGAUCUUCUUCCGGUGCUGAUGGACCCCAGCGCUCUCCUGGAGGACACACACAUCGAGAAGUUGUCGACUCGUUUGCCGGCGCGUGUUCAGGGUUAUCCGUGGCGCCUGGUCUACAGUACAGUCGUACACGGGACCAGCCUGAAAACCCUGUACAGGAACCUGACGGAGCUGGACUGCCCUGUGCUGAUGGUCAUCAAAGACAUGGACAACCAGAUUUUUGGAGCGUUUUCCACUCACCCUUUCCGAGUGAGUGAGCACUGUUAUGGCACAGGAGAGACCUUCCUCUACAGCUUCUGCCCGGAGAUCAAGGUGUACCGCUGGACGGGUGAAAACUCCUACUUUGUGAAAGGAAACACGGAUUCCCUUCAGAUCGGAGGAGGAGGGGGUCGUCUGGGCCUGUGGCUGGACGCCGACCUGUACCACGGCACCACCUCCAAGUGCUCCACCUUCAACAACCUGCCACUGUCCUCCAAACAGGACUUCACCGUCCAGAACCUGGAGGUGUGGGCCUUCGAAUGAGCCGACACGUACAAACGCGCACUGUGAGACACGCUUCUCCACGCUCACGGCAUGACACACGGCGAAGCGUUGGGCGUCGCUUUAUCCCGCACUGUACGAGGCUGUUUGUGCAAAUCCAGUCAUACUUGAUGACGUUGUUUUAAUAGUUUCCUCCUGGUCUGAGCUUCAGACUAAAGUGCAGAGAGAGAGCUUUAACCUCCGACGCCAUCCCAGCAUGCAAUGUUCUCUAGAGACGUUCUCCUGCUGAAAUAUAACCAAUAUAUAAACACAUUUGUGUACGUGAACGGAGAGGAAUCGUUUGAUACUCGGGACGCCGAAGAACCGUAUUCGUUGGCCAAAUCUGUUGCGUCAGGGUCAGUUGCUCAAAUUGAAAAUAUAUUUGUUUACAUUCGUGGCGAUUUGAUGCGUUGAGUUCAUUCGGUGCGUUUUCAUGUUUGUUUGACGAGAGUGCAAGUAAAAGGACGUCGUCCUGGAAAUAUGUACCACGGAUACUUUCUUUUUGACCAAAGUGUUUUAUUUGCCUCGUUCUCCAAUGUUUUAUAUUGUUUUCUUUUUGUAUUUGAGUUUUUUAUAUUGAAUGUGAAGUA